CAUAUGGAGAGAUGAUGAGGUUGCUGUAACAUCACAAGAACCUCAAGAAUCUGCCUUGGUCCCUAGAGGUUUUAAGAGCGUGGAGGAGUUCUCAUAUUACGUUCAUGGCAGAAUCAUGGAGUGCAUGCAAGAUUACAAGAGCAAGGAAGAGACUGUAAAACAUCUACUGGAACAGUUUGGAAUCACACCUGAAUCGACCAACACAGCUGCAGCUAUUGCUCAUGAAGUUUUCUGGCAUCGCGGUUACGACUAA